AGAAGAUUAUUUUUUUUUAUAACGUGAAUAAAUCGAAGAAUAAAGAUGAAGUUCAUUGCAUCUUUGUUCGGGACGAGGUCCCCGAAGGCGAUGGGGAGGCAGUACAUGAAAGUUGGCAGAAACGCUCUUUUUGGUGUGACAAAUGAUAACAGUGACAAUAUUUAUACGGAAAAGGUGCCAAGGCCGCUGUCCUUGCUAAUCUCCAGGAAAGGAAAGCUUAGACAUGGCAGGAUAGCAGCAAUCUGUCUAGGUCUUCUUGCACUUGUGAUCGGUAUAGUGCUCAGUAGCAUACCGUGGGUCGAUUACAUCAUCUUGAAACAACUACGACUCUGGAAUGGCUCGAUCUCGUUUCAAUAUUGGCAGAAGCCGGGCGUAAUUCGAUUGACCAAAGUCUAUAUAUUUAACGUAACCAACACAGAAGGUUUCCUGCAGUAUAACGAGAAGCCGAAACUCCAGGAAAUAGGCCCGUUCGUUUAUCGAGAGGAUAUGGAAAAAGUUAACAUUGUGUUUCAUAAUAAUGGAACCGUUAGUUAUCAACAUAAGAAAAUUUUAAAUUUUGUGCCUGAAUUGUCUAAAGAUGGAGAUAUUAAAGUGAUAGUGCCGAAUAUACCUUUGCUGACACUUUCAACACAAAGCAAGAGUCUCCCUCGUUUAAUUACAAUGGGAUUGUCAAUUUUCUUGAGUGGAUUAGAUAUGAAACCCUUUAUUCCUAUAACUGCGCAGGAAUUAGUCUUUGGGUACGACGAUCCGUUAGUUAGUCUAGGUCACAAAUUUCUUCCUAAAACAAGACGGCCCAUGAGUAGAAUGGGACUUCUUCUUGGAAGAAACGGUACAUUAAGCGAGAUAUCUACGAUAUUCACUGGACACACAGACAUGAAAGAGUUCGGUUUGAUAAAUCGAUUGAACGGGCUCGAUCAUUUGCCAUACUGGCCAAACGCACCGUGCAAUUCCAUUACGGCUUCGGAAGGAUCUUUCUUUCCGCCGCGAGACGAGACUGGCGCGGAUAUCGUUCACAUUUGGGACAAGGAUCUUUGCAGGACACUUCCGUUGCAAUAUCGAGGUCCAAUAGAAAAGGCUGGUAUCAAGGCGGAUUUAUAUACUCCUUCGGAUAUAAUUUUUACUCGAAAUGAAACAGCUAAAGAAGAUAACUGCUUCUGUUCGGAUGGCAUUGACACUUGCCCUCCGCAAGGCUUGCAGGAUAUUAGUCCAUGCCAAUAUAGUGCACCAGUAUAUCUCUCGUUCCCACAUUUUUAUAAGGCGGAUCCUAAAUUGUUAGAUGCUAUUGAUGGACUCAAGCCAGUCGAAAACUUGCACGAAACAUAUUUCAAAAUCCAACCAAAACUAGGAGUACCGAUUGAAGCAAAGGUUCGCGUUCAGUUGAAUCUGAAGAUAGAACGACAGUCCAAUAUCGGGGUGGUCGCGAAUUUCCCUGAUAUAAUAUUCCCAAUUAUGUGGCUCGAGGAAGGUAUAGAAGAGCUUACUCCGUCCAUUAGGAGAUAUAUUUAUCUGGCGACCACGUUUGCCGACAUCGCUGUGCCCUGCUUGUCGUGUGGCAUGGUUCUAAUCGGACUGAUAGUCAUUAUUACGGUAUUCGUAAAGGCGUAUAAUAGCCCGGUAUUGGCGCACGAGGCGAUCGAGCUUGGUAAGAGGACCAUUAGAAGAGGAUCGUCUUUCCUAACAACUAGCCAGCAUCGAUUGUUGGUCGGUCGGGACUCUUAUAUCUUACUAAGCAAUAACGAUAUCGACGAGAAACAGAGUAUGGAAGUAUGAUGGACAUUGCUGUGUACGUGAAUUCUAGUAGAAGCGCUGAUGCUAAGCGUGUUUACAAAAUGAACGGUAAUUAAUGACGUCUAGUCUUGAUUUCUUGUAAAGUAAAUCAAUAUUGAUACUAAUAAGACGUUCGUUAAUACUAGAGAAUAAAACAAAUAUUCAAUAAUUUGAGAAACAGAACAAAUUUAUUUCUUAUUGAGCUUUUGAGGAUUAGAACUUGAUGAUUAUCAAAAGAAUUUAGGCUUGUGAAUAAACAGAAUUUAGAAAUCUCAGGUACUAAGGCGAUUAAGAUUUGAGAUAUUUAGAAUUUAAAACACAAGUAUGUAAAACACAAGGUACUCAAGAUCCAGGAAAUUUAAACUCUAAAUAAUUUAGAAUAUGAUUAACCAGGAUUUUAGUAUUUAGCGGGAAAUAGGAUUUGCGCGAAGGAUCAUAGACUUGUAUGAAGAAAGAACUCUUUAUCAAGACUUUAUUCAUUAAUCAAUUCUUAUACAAUUUUUUUUAUGCAACUUACUGAAAGAUUAUGAACCUUUUAUUUACAUAUAUAAUUUAGGGUUUAUUUUCGGUUUUAUAAUAUCAUUAAA